CUGCUGACAACCUGAAAGUUGGUGAAAUUAAAGUGCGAACCGUAACCGUGACCGCCACAGCCACCAUCCUAACCCGGCGCAUUUUAUCUCCCCUUUUAACCCUAUCUCCAAUUUUGUAUCCCAGUAACAACACAAAAAUAUCUUUACCUUUUAUUAGAUCUGCUUUGCGUUGUUUCUCUUCCUCUUCAAAAGCGAUCAAUAAAGGAUUCUUUAACGGGUCGGGAUCCGGGUCUUCCGGCAUUCUCGCGGAUAUGGAUUCGGAGCCUUUGCUGCAACAGCAACUGGACCACCACCAAAGUUUAGCUUAUUCUAAUCAUUCUUCUUCCAAAAUUUUAACUUUGCCCACUGUUUUAACUCUCGGCCGCGUCGCCGCCGUGCCGUUGCUGAUUUUCACCUUUUCUGUUGAUAGUUGGUGGGGAAGGACUGCUACUACUAGCAUAUUUAUGGCGGCUGCUAUAACCGAUUGGCUUGAUGGGUACAUUGCUCGAAGAAUGAGGUUAUGUUCUGCCUUUGGUGCUCUUUUGGAUCCAGUUGCAGACAAGCUUAUGGUUGCUGCUACAUUGGUCUUAUUAUGUUCUAGACCUUUGAACAUUGCUGUGUUUGGGCAAGUGCCAUGGCUACUGAAUGUACCAUCAAUUGCCAUCAUUGGAAGGGAGAUAACUAUGUCCGCUGUUAGGGAAUGGGCUGCUUCUCAAAAUGGUAAGCUUUUAGCGGCUGUUGCCGUAAAUAAGCUGGGGAAGUGGAAAACUGCCACGCAAAUGGCUGCACUAACCAUCCUUCUGGCUACACGAGAUAGCAGUCUCGGAGAAACUGGGAUCUUAGUUGCUUUGGGUGUUAUUUUUCUUUAUCUUUCAGCUGGUCUCUCAGUAAUGUCAUUGGUCGUGUAUAUGGAGAAGAUACGGAAAGUAUUAUAGGAGUCGUGAACUUCACCUGCUGGAUUGCAAUGGCUGCGUUCUUUUGUCGUGGACUGUUUGUGGCAAUUUCUCAUGCUACUUCAUGCCCUUUAUGAUGAAUAUUUUCACACAUUGAAGCUGCCGCCAUUAUUCACUGGAUUAACUAGAAAGCCCUUGCUUCUUGAAGUUCACGUGUUGGAAUGUCCUUUUUGAUUAAGCUAUUUUGGUGAUGACAGCAUUCAUAUAUUCAUGGGCUGUUCUUAUGUUUUAAAAUUCAUAAUUGUUUUAGGGUCAUUUUAAAUGAUAUGAGGUUUUAGAUGUUGGGACGAGCCAUCUUUUAUUUUUGUGGAGGAUGCUGAGUACCUAAAUUGAGUCCCAAUAGAAACACAUUUUACACCAUAAUUUGCAACUGCAACUUGAGACUGAUAAA